AUCAUCGGAACCAGACAUAGCGUGGGUGUUGGAAUUAUCAGAUAGGGAAUUUAAACCCAUUCUGAUGAACAUGCUGCGAUCUCUAGUGGGUAAGGCAAUCAGCCUGCAAGGUCAGAUGGGCAAUGUAAGCACACAGACAGAAAUCCUAAGAAAUGUUUAGGUCACUUAAAACAUCUUUGGGACAUUCACUCUAACUUAAAAUGUCCAACAGUCAAGAUAAAGAUGUAAAAGACAUUCUUUUUUUUCUCCUUAGAAAGACACUUAUCAGCUCUUUCUUAGAAAUGGGAAGACAACUUGUUUUUAAAUUAUUACUCCAUCCUUCCUGUGUCCCCACACCACUCUAGGGCAUCUGGGUCAUGGCUGAGGAGGCGGUUAGGCAACUGGUUGAAUCUUCUGCCCUCCUUGGCUUCUGGAAUCUCAGCUUUUGAAUUUUGACUUCAAUCCUUAUUUUUGGGUUUUGUCCCUCUGGCUUCAUGUGGCUCAAGCUGGGCUGAACGGCCUUAUUACUCCUGAGUUAGGAAUACUUCUCCAGGGGUGGCUCAAAGGUGGCUCAAAGGGUGAAGAAUCCACCUGCAAUGUGGGAGACCUGGGUUCGUUCCCUGGGUUGGGAAGAUCCCCUGGAGGAAGGCAUGGCUACCCACUCCAGGAUUCUUGCUUAGAGAAUCCCAUGGACAGGGGAGCCUGGCGAACUACAGUCCUCAUGGUUGCAAAGAUUUGGACAUGACUGAGAGAUUUUCACUUUCAGGACUACCUCUCAAGGGGUUGCAGUCCCGCGUGGUAUGGAGCUGAGCACUAUGGUCAAUCUCAGUGUUCUUACUUUUCGGCUUUCACGAGGACCAAGGAAAGGAGGGUCCGGACUUGGAAAGCCGUACUUCUCGACACUAUUCUCAGGACUGAGGAAAUGUCUGUGGCUUUGAGAACACAGCCCCAUCAGGGUUUCUACCAUGUAGCAGGCAAUGAGGGGCAAGUUAGUUAAGGAGUUAUGUAUCAUCUGGCUUGAAAUCAACAGGGACAUACCCACAAAUGUGCUCUGCAGUGCAGUGACAAAGCAUGAUGAAUUAUUUCUUUUAUAGUGAUGCUUGUAGGGAUAAGAGGGCAGAGCCCCAACAGCAGAACUGUUGCAAACUGCCCUGCUUGGCCUUGUAUCUUUCCAAGCAACCCGUCCUUCUGUGUCAAGGUCGUGUAGCUGCGCUCCUAGGCUAGUAUAGACAAGGCUUUGCCUGCAGAUGGCUAGAAUUUGCAUGGAUAAAUCAGAAUAGUAUUUGUAUGGAUAAUGCAGAAACAAGAGGCUUUCUUUUUGCCAGAUAGGAUUCCUUAGAAGAGACGGUAUCGGCCAUUUCAUGGACGCUGGGUGUGCCAGAGCAUCUGGGAACGCCAGGCGGGAGGGGAUGGAGAAGACCUAGCCUAGGUUCUGUGGAUUUGAACCUCCGCAUUUCUAACCCAAGAUCUCGAAAUGCAUCGUGAUUCCUGUCCAUUGGACUGUAAAGUUUAUGUAGGUAAUCUUGGAAACAAUGGUAACAAGACUGAAUUGGAACAAGGUUUUGGCUAUUAUGGACCACUUCGAAGUGUAUGGGUUGCUAGAAACCCUCCCGGCUUUGCUUUUGUUGAAUUUGAAGAUCCCCGAGAUGGAGCUGAUGCUGUCCGAGAGCUAGAUGGGAGAACACUGUGUGGCUGCCAAGUAAGAGUGGAACUAUCGAAUGGUGAAAAGAGAAGUCGUAAUCGUGGCCCACUUCCUUCUUGGGGUCAUCGCCCUCGAUAUGAUUAUCUGAGGAGGAGUCCUCCACCUCGGCGCAGAUCUCCAAGACGGAGAAGCUUCUCCCGCCGGAGCAGGUCCCUUUCUAGAGACAGAAGAAGAGAGAGAUCACUGUCCCGGGAGAGAUAUCACAAGCCGUCCUGAUCUUUCUCUAGGUCUCGUAGCCGAUCUAGGUCAAAUGAAAGGAAAGAGAAGACCAAUUUGCAAGAGGAGUGGUGUGCAGGAAAUAACUUUAUUUGACAGGAGUAUGUACAGAAAAUUCAAGUUUUGUUUGAGACUUCAUAAGCUUGGUGCAUUUUUAAAAUGUUUUAACUGUUCACAUUUGUUUGUCUGUUGGAACAGUGACACAAAGGUGUAAUUCUCUAUGGUUUGAAAUGGAUCAUAUGAGGCAUGUAAUAUCAAGAAUUAUUACUUUACAAUGUUCCCUUAAGCAAAAUUUAAUUUGCUUUGAAUUUUAGUCUUGCAUAGGCUGAUAAUAAACCUCUUAACUCCUGCCCAGCUAAAGUCAAUAUUUAACAAUAUCGAAAUAAAAACUGGCAAAAAUUGGAAGAUUUUUUUCAACAUAGCUGGGAUAUGGUAUGCAGCUGUAGUUAAGCAGUUUUUAAAAGCUGCUGUGAGCUCAAAAGCUAGCUGGAAAAAUUAAAGCUUCACCCCUAAACUAGAUUAGAGGUUUAAAAAUCCCACUAGUCUUCACACUGGACGAAAGGUUGUCCAGUUGGUGUAGAAUCUAAGAAGUUUCAAGGAAGUUAGUUUACUUUUGCUUUAGGUUGUAAGUUCCUUCUAUGAUUGCUGUAUAUGAAUACAUAGCUCUUUAUUUGGAAAUCUGAGACUACUCAAGAUAACAAAUGUCCUGCCAGUUUAAGGGUACAUUGUAGAGCUGAACUGAGUUACUGUGCAAGAUGCUUUUUUUAUGCUGUCAUUUGUAAUAUGUUU